CACAGAAACAACAACAUGUCUCACUAUUGGAUCUCAAACAUACUGCUGUUCCUAAUCAUAGCCUGCACCGUUCGAUCUGAUAUUUGGUCUGAAGGUCUGAGGCUGAUUUUGGUUGGUAAAACUGGAUCAGGAAAGAGUGCUUCUGGAAACACUAUUCUUCACAAGAAUGCCUUUGGAACGAACAACUCUGCAGAGUCUGUGACAAACAACUGCCAAAAGGUAGAAGAAAAAGACCAUAAUGGUAGACUCAUUACCAUUGUAGAUACUCCAGGGCUUUUUGAUACACGCAAAUCAAAUGAAGAACUGAAAAAUGAAAUCGAAAACUGUGUAAUUGUCCAGUCUGUUCCCGGACCUCAUGCCUUUCUGUUGGUGAUCAGUGUCAAGGCCCGGUUCACAGAAGAGGAGAGAGCGGCUGUGAAAUGGAUUGAAGAUAAUUUUGGUUCAGAUGCCACAAUGUACACAAUACUACUGUUCACUCACACAGACCUGCUGGAGGACAAGACUCUGGAGCAGUAUCUUAGUGAGAGUGUCAAUCUCCGGAGACUGAAAAACCAAUGUGGUGGGAGAUACCAUUCAUUUAACAACAAGCGUCCAGAGAACAGGGUCCAGGUGGAGCAACUCCUGGAGAAGAUAGAGAAGAUGGUGCAGGAGAAUGGAGGACAGUAUUACACCAAUGACAUGUACAAGGCAGCGCAGAAAAAACUUGAGGAUGAAUGGUGUAAAUAUAUACUUUCUACCUUUGCUGGGUGUUUUCUUGGGGGAGUUUUUAAACCCUGGUUAAUCCCAGUAUGUACUGCCAUGGGCCCAAAGGUUUAUGACUGUUUUAAGACCGCUUGGAAAAACUCUGGACUUUAAAUAUCAUACACCUAUCC